AUGUACGCUAAAAUCGUUGUGAUUUCUGUGGCUCUCCUACAAUUAGCUUCCAUCGUGGAAUCUAAUGAUAUAAGAUUAGGAAUAAUAGAUACACCACGGUCAAGAAAGAUAUACAGUGAAAUCGUAGAAGCAGUUCCGGGAUUGUCGAAAAGAAGACCAAAUAUAAAAAUAAAUGCUCCUCACUCUGGGCUGAUAACUGCUGUUUACAUUACAGACUUGAGGGAAUAUAAAGACGGUGAGGCAUUUAUCACAAGUGGUGGGGUAGGACAAAAAAGUGUUACUAUUGGCUUGAAGACUCCAACUAUAUUAAGAGGAUACAAGUUCCAAAUUGAAGUGUACGCCACUGAUCCAAACGCUGGGUAGUUUAGUAAAAGUUAUGCGCCUUACCUUCAAUAAACUCAGUAUGCAAGAAAGUUUUAAUAGAGUACUGUUUGUAAUUUCUCAAUCCGUUAUUAGGGCAACCCCUCAUAUCUCUUUAAAACAUUAGUCCUUAAUUUAAUAUUGUGUUUGGUUCUCUUGUAUGUCACCGUGGACAAUGUUCUUUAUAUUAACCAUUAUUAUGGUUUAUAUAUAGAAAA